CUCCACAGACCGAGCCAUGAGGAUACGACUUCUGCAGCAGAUGGAGCAGUUCAUUCAGUAUCUGAAUGAGCCAGCGGUCAACUCCCAGAUUUUCCCUCAUGUUGUUCAUGGCUUCACAGACACCAACCCUGCUAUCAGAGAACAGACUGUUAAGUCUAUGUUGCUACUGGCUCCCAAGCUGAAUGAGACCAACCUGAACCAGGAGCUGAUGCGUCACUUUGCCCGGCUGCAGGCCAGAGACGAACAAGGCCCGAUCCGGUGCAACACCACUGUCUGCCUGGGAAAGAUAGCCUCCUACCUCAAUGCAGGGACUCGACAGCGUGUUCUGAUUUCUGCCUUCUCACGAGCCACUAAAGACCCCUUCCCAGCUUCACGUUCCGCUGGUGUCUUGGGCUUUGCCGCAACACACAACUACUACAGUGUGAUGGAGAUCGCUGCCCGCAUCCUGCCCACCCUCUGUGCCAUUACUGUCGACCCCGAUAAGAGUGUCAGAGACCAG